AUGCCAACCCCAAAACGACAACGAGUCUCAGAAGAUGAUCCUCUCACUCAAGCAAUCGCACCUCCUCCUUACGAAACUCCCGCAGAACGUGAUGAACGACUUGCUGCGGAACAAGAAGCAAAGCGCGUGUCUGACGCAAUCGACGAGGAGCUCACAAAACAACGUAUCUCAGAGAAAAAAGGUCCUAAAGCAAUCAAGAUACUCCUCCUAGGUGCGCUCAUUCCUUUCAACUCCUCCACUCAUCCUAAUCACUUCCAGCUCAUGAAUUCUCCUAAAGCCUUUCGCUCAGAGCGUGCUUCUUGGAGAGCGGUCAUUCAACUCAAUGUCGUUCAAUCUAUUCACGCUAUCUUGGACUUGAUGUCAAGGGCCCAUUCCUCAGCGCAUCACACCGCACCCAAUACAUCCCUCAGGGAAUAUCCUCCACUCAGCCCAGAACACUUGAAGCUCAAGAUGCGCUUAGCUCCAUUGCUACAAGUAGAAGCUACCUUGAUAAAUAAACUUCUCCCCAAUGGUCACGCCCAGCUCUCCAAAUUAGCUAAUCCCGCUCAAUCCCUUGCUCUUCAACAAGAGAUCAGCGUCAACUCAUCUGCAGGCUGGAAGAACACGUUCAAUCGCCUCAUAGGUCGAAACAGUUGCGACAGUGCAGAUCUAAUCGACUGGUCCGACCCGGAUGACCCUGGCGUAGUUCUAAACGCUUGCGCAGAAGACAUGAAACGACUUUGGACGGAUCCUACCAUUCGGAAGAUGAUGGAGAUCGAGAAGAUGAGACCGGAAGAGAUGGCUGGGUUCUUCCUCGAUGCACUGGAUCGCGUGACUUCACCGCGAUAUGUGCCCACUGAUGAUGACGUUCUGCGCGCGCGGCUAAAGACACUUGGAGUGUCAGAACAUCGAUUUACUAUGAAAACAGGUCCCAUGGGAGCGCCCAUGAAUCAUGACUGGCGUGUGUUCGAUGUUGGUGGUCAGAGAUCACUGAGGGCCGCGUGGGUCCCAUACUUUGAUGACAUGAAUGCCAUCAUUUUCCUAGCACCAAUAAGUUGCUUUGAUCAGGUUCUCCAAGAAGAUCCAUCUGUAAAUAGAUUGGCCGAUUCUUUCCUUCUUUGGAAGGCCAUUGUAUCUAAUCCCCUGUUGAAGAAGACGGAGCUCAUACUCUUUCUAAAUAAAUGCGACAUCCUCCGUGCGAAGCUCGCAUCAGGAAUCCGGUUGGCUGAUUACAUCGUCAGCUAUGGCAGUCGGCCGAAUGACUUUGAAAGCGCUAGUCAAUGCAAGUCACACCUCAAGAAGAAAUUCGCCGGCCUCCUAAAAGAGCAUUCUCCUGAGCGACUAUACUACUUCCAUCUUACAUCUGUAACAGACACGAAAUCAACAGCAUACAUCCUCGAGAACGUGCAAGAUGUUCUCGUCCGAGAUAACCUGAGGAGAAGCGCGCUUGUAACCUAA